AUGUACAGCUAUCUCAACCCUCUCCCGCGGUUCAUGAAUGGCACCGCUGCCAAAUGGGCCUAUGUAUCGCUAAGUGCCAUUGCUACGCUGCCGGGGCACUUUAACCGAUCUGCCUUGGACGCGCCAUGGGCGAACCCUGAUGUUUCUGAUAGUGGUCUUUCACGAACCUUGAGCUUCCUCAAUACAACCGACUUUGUUGCAUACGACCAAAAGUUCUUCGACAUCAUCGGUCCGGAUGCCACAGUCGAACACGUCCAGAAGCUAGCCUAUCAGUCCCAUGAAGCUCCAUGCUACAUCAAAGAUACGAACCAGGUAUUCUUUGUCGAAUGGGGUCCCCCAGGUGGCGACAACGGAACGCAUUCCUGGCAGUACCUGCUUGACGUGGAGUCCAACAAGUUUAACAAGAUCACGACUGAUCCACCAUUAUACAACGCGCAUGGAUGUGUUGUCUACAAUCACACACUGUAUGUCGUUACAGACGGGCAUGGCGACGAUCAAUCCGGCCAGCUCGUCAAGAUUGAUCCGCGUACUCUCAAGCAGGAGACGUUACUCAAUAACUACCUCGUCCAGCCAUUUGCUGGGUUCAAUGACUUGGAAAUCGACCGGCGGGGAAAUUUCUACUUGACGGACUCCAAAUCCGGCUGGGGAAGGGAAAUUGUCGACUUCACGCCACCCACAAACCCAACAGUCUACUUUGUUGAGCGGGAUACGUUCCGUGUCAAGCCUGUCCACAUCACAGAUGGAAAUGCCAACGGUGUCGCUAUAUCCCCCGACGGCCAGACCCUGUACAUCCCGGACACUGGCCUCUCCGAAUUUCGCCCAUCUGUGAAAAACCCUCACGGGAGGCGUGACCUAUCCGCAUUUGAUAUUUCGAAAUCCGGCUCGGUCCUUUCCAAUAGACGCCUCCUGUCCAAUCCGAUCUCGUAUUUCUGGGAUGGAGUGCGCGUUUCCAGGAAUGGGUGGAUCUUCGGUGGUGCUGGGGCUGGGGUUGAUGUUAUUGAUCCGGACACUGGGUUUACGUUGGGGACUAUCCGGGUUGGAGGUGGUGAGAAUCUUGCAGUUAGUGUGACCUUUGGGGAGAAUGAGCUGUGGAUUGUUGGUCGUGGUGGUGUUUGGCAUGUCAAGAAUAUUCGUGAACGGCUGGACAGAGACUGGUGA